AAUCCCAUGUGCAAUUAAAAUUUUAAACUUUGUUAUUUACUCCAUUUUCUUGGAUCUCUCUAUGACUUGUCUUUUUCUAAUUUCCUAUAUAUCUACCAACAUGUUAUGUUGAAUUAAAAGGAAAAAAAAACAAGAAGAUUUAGUUUUUUUGUGUUUGAGAAAAUGAGUAGUAUUACUUAUUCUAAUUUGAUAUUGAAGAAGAGAGAAUCAAGAAUCAAUGGUGGAUCUCAUUUACAAUAUAAUGGACUUAGAGCUAUUGAAACUGUGAAAUUGACAGCAAACUCUGCUUCUUGUAAGUCAAAAGCUGUAAAAUGUGGAAGAAUCAGAGCCAUGGCUUCUCCAGCUGUUUCAGCUCCCAAGAGAGAGACGGACCCGAAGAAAAGGGUUGUCAUAACCGGAAUGGGACUUGUUUCAGUCUUUGGAAGUGAUAUCGACAAUUUUUACAACAAACUUCUUGAAGGACAGAGUGGAAUCAGUUUAAUAGACUCUUUUGAUGCCUCAAAUUACUCAGUUAGGUUCGCGGGACAGAUUCGUGAUUUCUCUUCCGAAGGUUACAUAGAUGGAAAGAAUGAUCGUCGUUUAGAUAGCUGCUGGAGAUACUGUCUCGUUGCUGGAAAGAGAGCCCUUGACGAUGCUAACCUUGGCCAACAAGUUCUUGAAACUAUGGACAAAACGAGGAUCGGUGUCUUGGUUGGGUCGGGGAUGGGAGGUGUAAAGGUUUUCAGUGACGGGGUGGAAGCGUUGUUGCAAAGAGGAUACAAGAAAAUAAGUCCAUUUUUCAUUCCUUACUCAAUCACCAACAUGGGAUCAGCAUUGUUGGCUAUAGAAACCGGACUAAUGGGACCGAAUUACUCCAUUUCAACGGCUUGUGCAACUGCCAAUCACAGCUUCUGUGCCGCUGCAAAUCAUAUAAGAAGGGGUGAUGCAGAUAUUAUGGUAGCAGGUGGCACGGAAGCUGGGGUUACAGCUGCUAGUGUUGGUGGCUUCAUAGCUUGUCGGGCCUUGUCUCAAAGAAAUGAUGAUUAUGAAAAGGCUUCAAGGCCAUGGGACACGAAUCGUGAUGGAUUUGUCGUUGGUGAAGGCUCUGGUAUCCUGGUCAUGGAAAGUUUGGAGCACGCGUUGAAAAGAGGUGCUAAUAUCAUCGCAGAGUACUUGGGAGGAGCAGUUACUUGUGAUGCUCAUCACAUGACCGAUCCUCGCCCUGAUGGACUUGGAGUUUCGUCUUGCAUUACUAAGGGUUUGUUAGAUGCCAGAAUUUCUCCAGAAGAGGUGAACUAUAUAAAUGCUCAUGCAACAUCAACUCUUGCUGGAGAUUUGGCUGAGGUCAAUGCCAUCAAGAAGGUCUUCAAAGAUACCUCGGAAAUCAAAAUGAACGGGACAAAGUCGAUGAUCGGUCAUGGACUUGGGGCUGCUGGUGGAAUUGAAGCCAUUGCAACCAUCAAGGCAAUCAAAACAGGAUGGCUUCAUCCAACCAUCAAUCAAUAUGAAUUAGAACCCCAGGUCACGAUUGACACCGUUCCAAAUGUGAAGAAACAACAUGAAGUGAAUGUUGGCAUCUCCAACUCGUUCGGAUUCGGAGGACAUAAUUCAGUGGUUGUUUUUGCACCCUACAAGCCUUGAACAAUAGUUUAAGACAAACUGUUUGGAAAAGUUCAUAAUUUUCUCAAAUUUUAUUCAAAAUGUAAGCUAUGAAAUAUAGUUCAAAACUUAGAUAGAUUGUUUUGUUUUUUUUACCCACAGCAAAUGUCAGAUUGAUGAAUAAGGAAUUAUUUCAUCUUGU